AUGACGCUUGGCAUUAUCAAGUAUCCAGUGCCUAGAACAUUCCUGUCGUCCUUCACCGAGCAGGCGUCAUCUGGGAAACAAACUGGAUCAACGAAAUUGACAAAUGGAAAGAAAGGGAUUCAUAUGAGAAAAAUAGCCCGGGCUGAUGCAGAUUCUGGUUAUUCACUCCAUUCUACUGAUUCUGAUGAGCAGGUUGGAAUAGUACCCCAGGGGCUUGAACGCUGCACAUCUUUACCCCAGGAAGUUUUGCAAAAUGGAGAGGCAAUCUGUGGGAAUCCAGGAAAAGGAUCUUCUGGGAAGCUUGGAUCCAGACCUUUGGAAAACAAAGGAAAUAAACUAAAAAAGAAAGGACACCCCAAAAAUGCCAUUCCUAAACCUUCUAUGAACAUGUAUGGACUCAGAUGUCUGAUCAAUGCCCAAAGUUCUCAUAGCAUUUCUGAUUUUGGUCCUCCAGGCUUUAUUCAUGGCAUAUCCUCCACACUGAUUCUCUCUUCUCCUGAUCCAACUCCACCUUCUGAAGUUCAAUCUGAGGUUCAGGUUCCCCCACAAAGUGGGGCAGUUUCUGUGACCACUACUAAUGUUCCAGUGCAAACCAUCACCACUAAUCCUUCUCAUGCAUCUUAUCUGCCAACAGCUAGGGAAAAUAACCAAGCUCUUCCAGUAGUUCAGCCAUUAAUCCAUGAUAAUGGAAUUCUAGCAGCACAAGGAAUCUCUGAGCAACUGGGUAAGGAAAUAAAUUUGCUAAAGUGUAUCCAGGCAUAUCUGGAUCAGUUACAUCCUCAUCAAAUAAAAGCACAUGAGGAACACCAAAACCUUGACCCAAGAGAGCAACCUACAGUCUUGACCACUGAAGAAGACUUUGCAGAACAUAUUUGGGAAUCUUUAAGUGAUGAUGAGGAUUUCAAAAUGGUUGAAUUAGCAACCAUGCAAGACCUAAGCUCUGUCAAGAACAUGCAGAAAGCAAAAAGUAUGAGUCUAGAAGAAGCAUCACCAAAAUUGAGAAUGCUCAAGUAUUUGUUGGGAGAACUCAAGGCACUAGUAGCAGAACAAGCGGAUUCUGAAAUUCAAAGAUUGAUUAAAGAAGUGGGAGAGUGUAUAUCCCUGCUCUCAGACAUAACUGAAAACACUCACAUGGAAAGAGAAAUAGCUUUAACUUUGCAGACCAUAAGGCAUGAAAAUACUCAGUUACACAGAAAAUUGAAAUCUUUAAGCUACCAACUCAGAGAACAAGAAAAGAUAAUGUAGUCAUCCAAUUGCCUAGACUCCAACUUUGAAUUAAUUUCUAUUCAGUCACUGAAUAUGUCCCUGCAAACCCAGUUGAAGGAGUCAUUAAGGAAUCAGAAGCUGAUGAAGACUAAGAAUGACAAGCUCUUAAAAGUUAUUGAAAGCCAGAAGGAAGAGUACAAAAAGUGUGUCAAACUGUUUCAAGAGCAAGAUAAAAAAGUACUUGAAAAUAGGCAGCACUUUGAGAUGGAGACCACAAAAAUUAAAAUGGAAUUGGAGGAAGCCUUAGCCAGUGUAAAAACCUACCAUUUUAAACUGGAAACAUCUAGAAAAGAAAAGAAAAUCUUGGAGUUAACAGUACAUCAAUGUGAUGCUGAAAUCACCUGGCUAAAAAAACUAACCAGAACUUUGCAGAACAACAUGACACAAUUCCUCACAGACUUCAGUGUGGACAAUGCUUGUUAUAAGCCUGAGAAAAUGCUUACCAUAUCCCUUCUAGACAUUCAUGAAGUACACCUACAGUCUGAACCAUCCCCGCCUCCACUUUCUAUGAAGUACCUUAAAAGUUUAGAAAACAACCAAAUUUAUACUCAAACACAAUCACCAUUUUUAAAAGAAGAUGGAAAAGGGAGAGUGCCAGCUAUGUCUUAUGAAAAUUUCCUAAACCCCGAAGUCUGUAAACAUAAACUCCUAGGGUUAGAUCGUGAAUUAGGGACUCUACCUUAUCAUUCAAAAGUCAUUUCAGAAACAGGGAAUGAGGCUGACACAAUAAUAGAUGAUGAAUUCAGACUGAAUGAUUAGACAAUUUACCUUCCAUUUGCUGUAAGCUCCUCUAAAAAGAAAUCUCUGGUGACCAAUUAA